AUGGCGGAGAAGAAAUUCAAGCAAAAGGAAUUGAAACGUCGGAAUAUCAUCGAUUCCGUCUCACGCAUCGAGGAUUAUCUACAAAACUACAAUCACGAUCGAGACCAACACGAAUUAGCGAUACGGUCAGAAAAACUGGAUAGUUUGAUGGAAGAUUUCGAGACAGUACAAGGUGAAUAUGAGAUUUUGGAUGAUAGUGAAGCAUUUAUCGCAUCGAAUACGCAAUUGAGGGCUCAAAUGGAGGAGAAGUUUUUUCGGAUUAAAGGUGGCUUGAUUUCUAAACGUCCUCCCCCUGUCGCAAACCCUGUGCAACCACAGAAUUUAGCUCCGGUCAUACCCCACAUCUCUAAUGUGAAACUUCCUACUAUCGCAUUACCUGUAUUUGACGGUGAUCUUAAUGAGUGGCUUACCUUCCAUGACUCGUUUGCCUCUCUUAUCCACACAUCGGCUGAAGUCCCUAGCAUUCAAAAAUUUCAAUACCUUCGUUCUUCAUUAAAAGGCGAAGCGUUAAAACUAAUCGAGUCAUUAACCAUAACCGCAGAUAAUUAUGCUGUUGCUUGGCAAGCACUGCUUGAUAGGUACUCCAAUGAAUAUUUACUGAAGAAAAAGCACUUACAAUCUUUGCUAUUCGGUGUUAAGGUCUGCAAUAAAUCGCCUCUAGCACUACGUACCAUAAUUGAAGAGUUCGAACGACAUGUUAAAAUACUUUCCCAGUUAGGCGAACCCACACGACACUGGAGUAGUUUGUUGGUACAGUUGCUUUGUUCGCGAUUAGAUGAUCGUACCCUUAAAGACUGGGAGGAAUAUAUAUCUAAUGAUGGUGAACCUACCUACGCUAAUCUCAUCAGUUUCUUAACAAAAAAAUCUAGAGCAUUGGAAUCGCUAUCCAUGGGCUCAGAAUCAACAGUACCGUCCCACAAUAAAAUAACUCACGCACCAAAACAGUCGAAGCUACCAUAUAUUCCCCCCGCCAAUCGUAUUAAUGCUUACACUGCAUCAGAUAUUCCCCCGCCUCGUUGUUUAGCAUGCAAUCAGUAUCAUCUUUUGGUAAAGUGCCCCGUCUUCAAGGGAAUGCCACUGAAAGAUCGUUUGCAACUAGUAAAUACAAAAAGGAUUUGCAGUAACUGUUUCAGAAGCGAUCAUUUUGCUAGAAAUUGUAAUUCAUCCUACUCUUGUCGCAUUUGCCAAAAACGGCAUCACUCGCUAUUGCACCCCGGCUUUGAAACCACUGGAACUAACAACGAGAUACCAAAUCGAAACUUCGGACAACCAAAUUUCCGCCAACAACCCGUCAGCUCUAACUUGAUCAAUAUUAUGGAGAAAAACACAUCAAAACCCGACUCACUGAUGAUGUAUAACGCUGCAAUAGGAUCCAGAUCGGUGAAUGUUUUGCUCUCGACUGCCGUUUUAGUUAUUAUUGAUGGCUUUGGAAGGGGACAUUUGGCUCGCGCACUAUUAGACUCGGGAUCGCAAUGUAAUGUGAUGAGCGAGCGUCUUUGUCAGCAGCUUCGUCUACCCAGACAUCGUAUUAACCAAUCCGUCUUUGGUGUUGGUGAAUCAAAAACCCGAGUGACUGCUUCAGUAGCAACUGAGAUCCAAUCGAGAUUCGGUGAUUUCUCAUGUACAAUAAAUUGUCUGGUAUUACGCAAAUUAACAUCCUAUUUGCCUUCAACCAGUUUUGCCGCAAAUAGAUGGACCAUCCCUAGUGAGUUACCUCUUGCAGACCCAGAAUUCAAUGUAUCCCAAAAAGUGGAUCUCAUCAUAGGUGCGGAACAUUUUUAUACACUGUUAAAGGGUGGCCGGAUGGAAAUAGGCAACCCAUCACCAACUCUUGUUGAGAGUGUGUUUGGCUGGCUCGUCUCUGGUAGGGUUGAUAUGGAGACUGAUUCCCGACCACUGGUGUGCUGUUUAUCUACUUUAGAUACGCUAGAGUCAAUUGAUCGCAAUUUAGAACGCUUUUGGAAGAUAGAAGAGGUUAAUAUCUCGACAGCAACCCCUACUGAACAGUAUUGUGAGGAGUUUUACAAACAGACUGUGGAUAGAGACGCUACGGGUCGAUAUGUGGUCAAAUACCCAAAAAAAGACGGUUUUUCUUAUAUGCUAGGGCAAUCUUAUGAUAACGCCCUUCGUCGCUUACAAAGUUUGGAGCGAAAACUAGAGAAAAAUGAGGAUUUGAAGAAAACUUACCAUGCCUUUAUUGAGGAAUUUUUGUCGUUAGGACAUAUGCGCGAGAUAUCCGCUGAUGAAUGUGAACCCGCCACAGUAUUUUAUCUCCCACAUCAUGCUGUCAUAAAAGACACUAGUACGACAACCAAGGUUCGAAGUGUUUUCGACGCAUCAGCAAAAUCGAGCACUGGCUAUUCCUUGAAUGAUACACUUUUCGUUGGUCCGGUCAUCCAAGAAGAUUUACUAACCCUGGUUAUCCGUUUUCGCAAGUAUAAAGUUGCACUACUGGCGGACAUUGAAAAAAUGUACCGCCAAGUUUCGAUACACCCUGAUGAUCAACCUCUCCAACGCAUAUUGUGGAGAUUCAGUCAAAACGACCCUGUUAAAAAAUAUCAGCUAACUACAGUUACCUACGGUUUAGCACCAUCGUCAUUUCUAGCCACCAGGACGUUAAAGCAGCUAGCAGACGAUGAAGGAGAAUCGUUUCCACUAGCCGCAGAAGAAUUAAAACACAGUUUUUAUAUGGAUGAUUUUAUUAGUGGAGCGUCGGACGUUAAAACUGCAUCCCAACUUUGUACACAAAUGGUCGAGUUGCUUAGUUUGGGCGGUUUCCGUUUGAGAAAAUGGUGCUGCAAUUUUCCCGAAGUUCUGGCUGACUUACCAUCCGAAUAUAUUAACACACAAUCUGCCAGAUCAUUCGACGCGGAGGAGGCUGUAAAGACACUGGGAAUCAGUUGGGAACCCACAUCUGAUGUACUCCGAUUUGAUUUAGGCACGCAUACAAUUGUAGAGCCGAUUACAAAACGAAGCAUUUUAUCCGUGAUAGCUCGUUUAUACGAUCCACUUGGAUUGAUAGCCCCGAUCGUGGUUCGAGCGAAGGUGCUGAUGCAGCAUUUGUGGACGUUAGCUAUAGACUGGGAUGAAGAGGUUCCAUUUGAGGUGAAAACGAGGUGGAAGAAAUUUGUUUCGGAAUUGGCCGAUUUAUCAUGUUUUCGUAUUAAUCGAUACACAUUUGGCGAGGGGGAAAUACAAGUGCACUGCUUUGCAGAUGCAUCUGAGAUAGCGUAUGGUGCUGUUGUAUACAUUAGAACCAUCGGUGCCUCUGGAGAAAUUAAGAUCGAACUGUUGACAUCGAAAUCUCGUGUAAGCCCACUUAAAAGGUGCAGUAUUCCUAGAUUAGAGCUUUGCGCUGCAAAAACCGCAGCCCAUCUUUUUCGCAAAGUGCAAUUGGCUUUAGACGUCCAGUUUUCAUCAGUAUUGGUCGGAUUCGAUGGUGGUACUUCAUUGGCUGCGUAUGUCACCGCACACUUGCAAGACCUUUGUAGCAAAUAG